UCUGUACCUAACUUCCUUCCCGGCUGGCCGACGUACACAACACACGCGCUCCCGUUUUCCAGCGGCAGCAGAAAAUUAAACAAAUUAGCAAAUUUUACAGCAGAAGUCGACUCAUCACGAUUUACUGACGUCUUGCUUCUUGCCCUCGUUUGCGUACAUAGAUUUCAGUCCACUUUUACCGUGCUGCAGAUCUUGUAAAGCCACGUGAGCACACAGCAUCAGGAUGGUCCUUGAUAUGGAUAACUUUAGAACUGAAAGGGGUGGAAACCCUGAGAAGGUUCGAGAAAACCAGGCGAAACGCUUCAAGAAUGUCACCCUGGUGGACACUGUUCUGGAAAUGGACGCUAAGUGGAGACAGCUUCGCCAUAAAGCAGACACUUGGAAUAAGUUGAAAAAUGUAUGCAGCAAAGAAAUCGGCGAAAAAAUGAAGAAAAAUAGAAAGUCAAACACAGAAGAAAAGAAGACUGCUCCUGAACCAGACUUAGUAGCUGAGCUAAAAAAAUCUGGCCUUUCUCAACUUAAUAUCCAUUUAAGUGAAAACAGUUAUAUCCAGUUCCAUGAGCCCACAAUGGCUGACUAUGAAAUGUUCAAACAUGUCAAAACUUUGCCCUACAAAGAUUGGCCAAACAUUACGCGAUGGAUGACGCACAUUGAAAGCUUCGGGGAGGAAGCUAAGAACUUCCCUCAGAAAAAGGAAGCAGCUGGAACUGACGACACUCUUCCUGAUGGCCUUGAAAGCAAAGUGAUUGAAGUGACCUCUGAUCAGCUGAAGGCCUUGACUGUAGUCCAGAUCAAGAAAGUGCGAUUGUUGAUUGAUGCAGGAAUUCUCGCCAACGACCAAGAAUUGAUCGAGGUUGAGAAACUAAGGAACAACGCCCUCAGAGAGAUUGGCAACAUCACCCAUCCUUCUGUGCCCAUCAGCGAUAAUGAGGACGAGAAUAAGGUCGAGCGCACAUUUGGCGAUUGCGAAAGCAGGAAAAAAUAUUCGCAUGUAGAUCUGAUCCACAUGAUUGAUGGCAUGGAUGGAGAAAGAGGAGCUGUUGUUGCUGGAGGACGCGGCUACUAUCUGACUGGUCCAGCAGUUUUCCUAGAGCAAGCGCUCGUUCAAUUGGCCCUCCGCAAGCUGCAGGAAAAGAACUACACACCCCUUUGCACGCCAUUUUUCAUGAGGAAGGAGAUUAUGCAAGAAGUGGCUCAAUUGUCCCAGUUUGACGAGGAAUUGUACAAAGUGGUUGGCAAGGGCAGUGAAAAGGCUGGAGAUAAAGAUUUGGAGGAAAAGUACUUGAUUGCCACGUCGGAGCAGCCAAUUGCCGCCUACCACAGAGGGGAGUGGAUGGCUGAGUCCUCCCUGCCCAUCAGGUAUGCUGGUUUGUCCACUUGCUUCAGACAAGAAGUUGGAUCUCAUGGCCGGGACACCAGAGGCAUUUUCCGCGUUCACCAAUUCCAAAAGGUUGAACAGUUUUGCAUCACCUCGCCCCAUGACAACAAAUCAUGGGAAAUGAUGGACGAAAUGAUUGGAAACGCUGAAGGAUUCUGCAAGGACCUUGGCAUCCCUUACCAGAUUGUCAACAUCGUGUCAGGUGCCUUGAAUCACGCCGCCUCCAAGAAGCUGGAUCUUGAGGCGUGGUUCCCUGGAUCGGGUGCCUUCCGCGAGCUUGUCUCCUGCAGCAACUGUCUGGAUUACCAAUCCAGGAGGCUCCUCAUCAGAUAUGGCCAAACCAAGAAGAUGAACGCAACGACUGAGUAUGUCCACAUGUUGAACGCGACCAUGUGUGCCACAACUCGAGUGAUCUGCGCCAUCCUUGAGAACUAUCAGACGGAAACUGGAAUAAAAGUUCCCGAAGUGCUGAAACCGUACAUGCCUGCAGUUUACCAAGAUGAAAUUCCAUUCGUCAAGACGGCACCGAUUGAAGAAACAGAAACAAAGAAAGGAAAAAAGCAGGCUGGGAAGCUCAAGCAAGGAGAGGAGUAAAACACGAAUUUUGAUUUUUCACAGACUCUAUAACCUAAUUCACGGUCAGGGUGAUUUUAAGUGACGAUUGUUUGAAAGUGUCAAUUGGUAACUGUUGCUAGAUUUAACUACAUUUCUGUUGGAAGGCGUCCUUAAAGGACCCUUUUUAAUUUCAAUCAUUUUUCUAUUUAUUGCUAUUGAAAUUCAGUAAACAAAACCUCCAACGAA